UCAAUUCUUGUUAGUAAUAUGUACAUUCUCUUAUAGUUAGGCGGGAUACAACAGAUAUGAACCAAUAGCCAUCAAGUAGCACGAGGUAAUCAAGUGUGUUUGAAUGUAACAGAGCAAGAAUUACAAGUGCUGUGUGUGUCCUGCCUUCUACACAUACUAUGAUGUUACUACUAGUACGGUAGACAGUAGGAGGAUCAUCAUUAUCAUCUUUGAAACGUUUGCGUACAAAUCGAUCGAUCGAUCGAUCGAUUUAGUUCGUUCAUUAAGUGAUCAUUUAAUACUGUUUUUUGUUUAAUUAGUUUUCGGAGGGAUCAUUCACGUGAUUAUUAUUAUUUUUAUUGUACAAAUUUGGAUCACAGUUUUUCACAAUGGUUCGUUGUGUCAAUGUUUUCAUCGGACUCUGUUUUGUAUUGACUUUAUUCAGGGAUGUCUUCUGUGCAAUACCACCAUACAUAAAAGUAUGUAAAAAACACGAUCCAAACAUAAAUGAUUGUAUUGAGAAUUCGAUCAACCAACUUCGUGAAAAAUUAACUGAAGGAAUUCCAGAACUUGAAGUUCCACCAUUCGAACCAUUUAAAUUAAAUGAAAUUCGAUUGUUGAGAGGACCCAAUACUGCCAGACUCGACAUCAAUCUAACUGAUAUUCAAGUAUGGGGACCAUCAAAAUUUGUUGUACGAGAUUUGAAAGCAAAUACCGAUGACCUCAUAUUCACUUUUAAAGUAGCAUUUCCAUCGCUCACUUUUAAAGGAAAAUAUCAAAUAGAUGCUAAAUUACUUUUGUUGGAACUUUCUGGACAGGGUGAUUUAGAAGGCAGCUUCCAUAACUACGAUUCGGACAUUUUCAUGAAAGCACAGAAAAUUUCUCGUAACAAUAACGUUUACUUACAUUUCGACAAUAUGAAAAUAAACAUACGAAUUGGUGACGCGAAAGUUGUACUGAAAAAUUUAUUCAAUGGCGAUCGACUUUUAGGUCAAAUCAGUAAUGAUAUCAUCAAUAGCAAUAGCGAAUUAUUUAUAGAAGAGAUCAAGCCAGAAUUGGAAAAAUCAUUAUCUGCUGUGUUAACCAAUAGUGCGAAUAAAAUUGUCGAAAAUUUUACGUACGAAGAACUAUUUCCAGAAAAAUAAUUGAAUUCUAAAAAAAUUUAGAAAUUUAUGUGAAAUUUAAUAUUAUACGUUCAAUUAAUAAAUUAAUUAAUGAAAAAUGAGAUUGAA